AGCGGCGCGGGCGGCUGCGCGGAGCGGCGGCCCCGCUCAAGCUUACGUAACCGCCCCGGCCGGGAGGGCCGCGGCGGGCGGGUGCGGGGUCCGGCGCGCGGGGCUCCCUCUGGCUGCGGAGGCGCGGCCGAGAGUUGUCUGGGCCGCUCGACUCCUUCUCGGCUGGAAAACGGCCUUGGGUGGGGUGUGUGCACGAAAUGCUGGUGUUCCUUAAAAUGUGAAGGGUGACAUGAACGCGCGUCCGAGGCUGACUGUGCCGCGCUCGGUGUCUUCGCUCAUGGAAGCCGCGCUGAAACUCUGCAAGCUUCAUUCCAGAGCCCAACAUGAAUGGAUACACAGAAUUCCCUCCAAGCCCCAGGAGCCCCACCAAGGAGCCCAUGGAGUCCAAUCCCAGUCGGGCCCCACUCCAGGAAGAUGUGGACAUGAGCAGUGGCUCAAGCGGAAAUGAAACCAAUGAAAACUGCUCCACGGGGCGGGACUCACAGGGCAGUGACUGUGAUGACAAUGGGAAGGAGCUGGCGAUGCUGGUGGAGCCGCCAAGUGCCCACCAGAGUCCAAGUGCCUUUAGCCUGAUGAUGGCCAAGUCAGAGCACAACCCAUCUACGAGUGGCUGCAGUAGUGAGCAGUCUGCCAAAGCAGACACGCACAAAGAACUGAUAAAAACGCUGAAGGAGCUGAAGGUCCACCUCCCUGCUGAUAAGAAGGCCAAGGGGAAGGCCAGCACUCUGGCGACCCUGAAGUACGCGCUGAGGAGCGUGAAGCAAGUGAGAGCUAAUGAAGAGUAUUACCAGCUGCUCAUGUCCAGUGAGAGCCACCCGUGCAGCACAGACGUGCCCUCCUACACUGUGGAGGAGAUUGCGGGCGCCACCUCUGAGUAUAUAAUGAAGAAUGCAGAUAUGUUUGCUGCAGUGGUGUCCCUGGUCACUGGGAAAAUCCUGUACAUCUCUAAGCAAGUGGCAUCUGUGUUCCACUAUGAAAGAGACACCUUCAGUGACAGCAAGUUUGUGGAGCUCCUGGCGCCCCAUGAUGUCUGCGUGUUCCAAAGCUCCACCACGCCUUGCAAGCUCCCCUCAUGGGGCGUGUGCGGCCAAGCAGAUUCUUUUACUCAAGAAUGCAUGGAGGAGAAGUCUUUCUUUUGCCGGGUCAGUGUUGGGAAAAACCACGAGAACGAGCUUCGCUACCACCCGUUCCGCAUGACGCCCUACCUGGUCAAGGUGCAGGACCAGCAAGGUGCUGCGAGUCAGCUUUGCUGCCUUCUGCUGGCAGAGAGAGUGCACUCUGGCUACGAAGCCCCUAGAAUUCCUCCUGAAAAGAGAAUUUUUACGACCACACAUACACCGAAUUGUUUGUUCCAGGAUGUGGAUGAAAGGGCAGUCCCGCUGCUGGGCUACCUGCCUCAGGACCUGAUGCAGACCCCUGUGCUCCUGCAGCUGCAUCCCAGUGACAGGCCCCUGAUGCUCGCCAUCCACAAAAAGAUCCUGCAGUCUGGCGGGCAGCCUUUCGACUACUCUCCCAUUCGCUUCCGCGCCCGCAAUGGGGAGUACAUCACGCUGGACACCAGCUGGUCCAGCUUCAUUAACCCGUGGAGCAGGAAAAUCUCCUUCAUCAUCGGGAGGCACAAAGUCAGGGUGGGCCCUUUGAACGAGGACGUGUUCACAGCCCACCCAUGCGCAGAGGACAGAGCCCCUCAGCCCAGCGUUCAGGAACUCACGGAGCAGAUCCACCGGCUGCUGCUGCAGCCCGUGCCCCACAGUGGCUCCAGCGGCUAUGGGAGUCUGGGCAGCAACGGGUCCCACGAGCACCUCAUGAGCCAGACCUCCUCCAGUGACAGCAACGGCCACGAGGAGUCUUGCCACAGAAGAUCUGAAAUCUGUAAAAAUGGUAGCAAGACCAAAAGCAAAAGUCAUUAUUCUCAUGAAUCUGGUGAACAAAAGAAAAAAUCUGUUGCAGAAACACAAAGUAGCCCCCUGGCUCAUAUGAAAGCUGUCCCUGCCAUGGAAAAGGACAACCCAGGGGCCAGCUUAACCAGGGCCGGCUUCCCAGAGGAGCUGGCCUGCAAGGACCAGCCUGCCUGCUCCUACCAGCAGAUGAGCUGCUUGGACAGUGUCAUCAGGUACUUGGAGAGCUGCAGCGAGGCCACCACCCUGAAGAGGAAGUGUGAGUUCCCAGCACACGUCCCCACACUGAAGGCCAGCGAUAAGCGAAAGGCCAUGGGCAGCCCUGAGCUGCACUCCAGAGAGGCAGUGCUGCCCUCCAAGGUGAACAGCCACGCGGAAGUUAGCGCCCACUUAACCUCGCUGACGUUGCCUGGCAAGGCAGAGAGUGUGGUGUCUCUCACCAGCCAGUGCAGCUACAGCAGCACCAUUGUUCACGUGGGGGACAAAAAGCCACAGCCUGAGUUAGAGAUGGCAGAAGAUGCUGCGAGUGGGCCAGAAUCCCUGGACUGCCUGGCGGGCCCUGUGCUGCCCUGCAGCCUCAGCCAGGGGAAGGAACCCUUCAGGACGCUGGGCCUCACCAAGGAGGUGCUCGCCGCACACACCCAGAAGGAGGAGCACAGUUUCCUGCAUAAGUUCAAGGAAAUGAGAAAGCUCAACGUUUUUAAUUCUCACUGCCACUCUUACCUACAAGAAAGAUCCAAGGGGCAGUCGAGUGAACAAGCUGCCCAUGGACUAAGAAAUACUUCUGGAAUAGAUUCAGCUUGGAAAAAAACUGGAAAGAAUAGAAAACUGAAGUCCAAACGGGUCAAGCCAAUAGACUCCUCUGAGAGCACUGGGUCUGGGGACCCCGUGCCCCACCGGCCCCCACUCAUGGGCCUGAACACCACGGCCUGGUCACCCUCAGACACAUCCCAGUCCAGCUGCCCCGCCAUGCCCUUUCCUGCCCCCAUGCCAGCUUACUCCCUGCCUGUGUUUCCAGCUCCAGGGGCCAUGGUGGCACCUCCUGUGGCUCCCCACACCAGCCUCACGGUGCCUGCCAUGACCAUGGACGCACAGCAUGAAUUUGCAGUCCAGCCCCCGCCAUUCACUGCCCCUUUUGCCCCAGUCAUGGCGUUCAUGUUACCCAGUUAUUCCUUCCCUCCAGGGACCCCGAGCCUGCCACAGGCCUUAUUCCCCAGCCAGCCUCACUUUCCAGGCCACCCCCCGCUCGUGUCCGAGGUGACCCCUGCCCUACAGCCUGAGUUCCCCCGUCAGACCUCGCUCCCCAGACAGCCAUGUACUUGUCCAGCCACCCUGCCAUCGGCCACUGGAGCCACGGGCAGGGUCUCCCCACCGCUCUUCCAGUCCCGUGGCAGCUCACCCCUGCAGCUCAACCUGCUGCAGCUGGAGGAGACCCCCGAGGGUGGCACUGGAACCACAGGGACUACAGGGACCACAGGGACCGCAGCUGCAGGGCUGGACUGCAAACCGGGCACUUCUUGGGACCAGCAGCCGAAGGCACCUGCAACUCAUGAGGAGCCCUCAGAUGCCCAGAACAGUGACGCCCUCUCCACAUCCAGCGAGCUGCUCAAACUCUUAUUGAACGAGGACCUCUGCUCAGCCACAGGGUCAGCCUUGUCUGGGAGUGGGGCCUCCGCCACCUCGGACUCUCUGGGCUGUGACACAUCCAGGAGCAGGGCAGGCAGUAGUGACACAAGUCACACCAGCAGAUAUUUUGGAAGCAUUGACUCUUCAGAGAAUAAUCACAAAGCAAAAGUGAACGCAGAUACGGAAGACAGUGAGCAUUUCAUCAAGUACGUCCUGCAAGAUCCCAUUUGGCUGCUGAUGGCAGACACGGACCACAGCGUCAUGAUGACGUACCAGCUGCCUUCCCGAAAUUUAGAAACGGUUUUAAAGGAGGACAGAGAGAAGUUGAAGCUGCUGCAGAAAUCCCAGCCCCGGUUCUCAGAGGGCCAGAGGCAGGAGCUGCACGAAGUGCACCCGUGGAUGCAGGCAGGCGGCCUGCCCGCGGCCGUGGACGUGGCGGAAUGUGUUUACUGUGAAAACAAGGAAAAAGGCAACAUUUGUGUACCGUAUGAGGAAGAUAUUUCUUCUCUGGGACUCACUGAAGCAUCAGGUACCAAAGAAGAGAAACAUGGACCCUGCUUGAGUCACACGAACCAAGAACAGACGUAACCCUCCCCUCCCACAGCCCCAGCAGCCAGUGGUCUGCACUGGGUGCUGUUGGAAGAGAGGCGAGAGCUUCACGCCUGUUUCUAAUGAAAUGGACAUAGGACAUCUGUACUUAGGUGGCUCUUUAAUAGUUUUCUGGAGUGACAACUGUGGAGGGAGGGGAAGGUUUGGGAAGAAAUAUGCUUUUAUAUUUAAAAUAUAAAUACGGAGUUUGGGGGAUGGAGGAAGAGAUUACAGUUGUUAUUUAACAUGAGGAAGAUUAGACGUUGCCCUGGUGCUCUCAGAAGUCCUCGACCGCCAUAAGACUUCUGUCCAAGCACGAGUGUCCACUGGCUCUCUGUCGUCAUCACGAGGCAUCAUACCAGGCUGUGACGAAUAACCAGGAUGCCACAUGUGACUCUGAGCUGAGGGCUCUGGCCUUCUGGAACUUUUCCAAGGUGUGCUGGAAUCAGAUCAAUUCUGUCCUGUCUUGGGGGCUUGCUGUUUAUCUAAAUUAGCAUUUAGUCAAGCUACAUUUUUUUUUUUUUUACCUACCAAGUGGAGAUAACACCCUCUCCUAAUUUCUUUCAAAAUGUUUCACAUUCAGUGGUGUGAAGCGUAGUUAGGCAAACCAACAGCUUUGGCAUCGGGUGCUGUAGUGGUGACAUCCCGAUCUGAAGUGUCCUCUGUCUGCAGUGGACAAAGUUGAAAUUCUCACUCUGAACUGAAGAAGCUUAGUGGUUUGCAUGACCAGCUCCGUCAGAUUCGUGCACACCCAGACCCUCUGUCUCUUUCUACAUCAUUCUUGUGUCCUUAUCAGACCAUGAUAGUCAACGUGUAGAUAAAAAUUUAUCAGUCAUCUCUUUACGGUGCCUUCUGCACACCAGGCUUUGACUGCCACAUUCGGGACCCGGUGGUGUUUGUUCUUUGGUUGGAGCCUCCCGGGCAUCCCCUCUGGCCCAGCCAAGCCAGCUCCUCCUCCUGGCAGAGAGCAGCCCUCUGCCUGUGCCAGCCGGUGCCCCGUGGCUUCUGUGGCACCUGUGUUCUGGGGGCACCAGCCCCACUCUAUGAGCCUUGACUCCACAUGGUACAGCUUCUGGUCUCUGCCAGCAUCACCAGCACUUUCAUCUCACUGGACGCUUGGGGAAGAUUGGGGCCAAACUGCCCAACGUUUUACAAAACCACAUGUUGCAUCAUAUAUCCCAAGACUGUGUGGAAAAAUGCAAUAUUGGCCCCUGGUGUGAGUAAGACGUUACCUCUGAUGAAACGAUGGACCUAAAGUUGGACCGAGUCUAUGAAGUGUAAGAAGAAGCAGGGUUUUCUUUGUUCUUUGAUGUAGAAGCAGCUACGAGAAAGGUGACAUCUCCUUGUAAUCCCAUUGGUUUUCGUAUUAAAACCAUCUUAUGCUCGAAUAUUAAUCCUAUUUUUCAUAAGAACACUUUAUGAGUUUUUCUUUUUAAUUUACAAAGCAGCAUCACCUUCAGAAGCCCAAGAUAAGGUCGUAGUCUGCAUUUUUAUGGAAAUGAGAUGUUACAAACUUUUCUGCCUCUAAAGUCAGAUCAUAAGGGGAUGAUAGUCUAAGGUUACAUGUAUGUUACCUAAACACAAAACUGCCAAAAUGUUCUCACUCUACUGUUACGAAUGUUUACCGUAAGCGUUAUUUUAUUAUUUAAGGUAUAUUCACUGAUUGUUAACUGUAGCUUCAACACAUGCCGAGAAGUUGACUUAAUAGGAUCAUUUUGUGAAUUUGUUUACAUGAUGCCAAGCAUCGAGUUGUGUUUUCUUUAGUAUGUGUGCUUACACAGGUGUCAUAAAAACUUUCUCUCUGUUUUAAACUGAGCCUUCUUUUUAAUAUAUUCCUAAAAAGAUAUGUAAAUAAGCUCUCAGAGUUUGUGGAACGAUGUGUCGAGCCUAGCCGGACAAGUGGUUUGUUCAUGUGCAAACCAAACUUUCGUCACCCAGUGCAAUAUAUUUGACUGCUUGUGUCUUUUCAUGACUUUACUGCCUUUUAGAAAAUUGAUAAAUAAAGCAAGUAUAUUUUUA